AAAGAACUACAAGUCCAUAAGGCUUAGCAAAGGACGUAGGGUGUCUUCAGGAACAUUGGAAUUUGCAAGGGGGAAGAAGCCACUUAGAGGCAGCAAAUAACCCUCACAGCUGCUGUACCAGGUUUCUGACUGAACACCAAAAAGAGGAGGAAUUUGCAUGAGACAGGAUGCUUUCAUGGAGCCCUUUAGCACCAGAUAUUAUGACUUGCAAUGGAAGAUCUAUGUCCUGCUUUUAGGUAUUUGCUCUGCUUUAAAGCUGACGGUUCCAUCACAUACAAUCCAUGGCACUGAAGGCCAGUCACUCUUUCUCCCAGUUGACUACUAUUUCAACAUUACUGUUUCUUAUGUCCAGAUAAUAUGGAUGUUUGAGAAACCACCAACAACCCCCAAAUCUCUGGUUAUCUCUCUAAAUCAGUCAGUUGUCCCAGACUUAGAAUAUAAACACAAAUUUACACUUAAACCUCCAAAUGCAUCCUUGCUGAUUAAAUCUUUAAACAUGAGUGAUGAAGGCAAUUAUAUUGUUAAGAUCAAUAUCGAUGGAAAUAGGACAACAGCAGCCUGUGAAAAGAUCCGUGUUACUGUUGAUGUUCCUGUCACAAAGCCAAUCAUACACACUGAACCCUCUUUUGGAGUUGUGGAAAGAAAAGGAAACAUUACUCUGAAAUGUUUGGUGGCAAAAGGCACUCGGGUUGUUUACCAGUGGAUGAAAAAUGGAAAUCCCAUUGAAGGCAGCAGUAAUUACUCAUACUCUAUAAACAAAGACACGCUUUCCAUUGUUCCUGUUGUUAAAGAAGCCAUUGGGAAUUACAGCUGUUUAGCAACCAAUCUGAUCAGUGCCAUGGAGAGUGAUGUGAUCACACCAACUAUAUAUUAUGGACCCUAUGGGCUUACCAUAAAUACUGACAAAGGCCAAAAAGUAGGGAGAGUGUUUACACUUGACAAAGGUGAAGCGGUUCAGCUUUAUUGCUCAGCAGAUUCGAAUCCACCAAAUAUUUAUUUAUGGAUCCGGAAGACAGAAAACUCCACACACCCUAUAAAAUAUGGAAGUUCUCUGGAAGUUGCAUCUGAGAUGGUGACACAGAAAACAGAAGAAUAUACGUGUAGUGCUUACAACAACAUGACUGAAAACCAGAUUGAAACCAACAUCCUUGUAAUAAUUGUACCAAAAGGACUGGAGCAGCUGUCCCAAAAAGGAAAUUACUUAUCAGUUCUAGGAUUAAUAACUGGAAUUUCCUUAUUUUUGAUAGUAUCAAUUUGCAUUCUAACUUUAUGGAAAAGAUUUCAGCCUCAUAAAGUUAUACAACAAAAGCUACAGAACAGGCCUGAAGCAGAUUACCGAAAAGCACAAACCAUUUCAGGGCAUGAAAAUGCACUUGAUGAUUUUGGAAUAUAUGAAUUUGUUGCAUUUCCAGACCCCACUGGAAUUUCAAGGGUGUCAAGUCAGUCUGUUUCUGACUCUGAUGUUCUGCAUGGCCAAGAUGUUAAUGAUACAGUUUAUGAAGUUGUUCGACAUUCCUGAACAACCUCAAGAACAUCAAAAUGGCACAUGAAAUGGAAAUGACAGCAUAAUGAAGACACAGGUUUUUGAAAGUCGACAGGGGAAGCAACAACUGCUAGGAAGGGAAAAGCUCACACUGCCACUUGUGACAAAAAAGCCUUUUCAAGUUUAACAAGCAGAAACAUUUCCUUAUUCCUGCAUUUCUAAAGUUUUUGCAUUGACCUUGUUUAAACUGGAUGUAUUUUUGAGAAAGAGCUGCUCAUUACACAAUGGCACAUUCAUGUUGGAAAUCCGGUGAGCAAAGACAAAAUGUGGAAUGUUGGAUGUUGCCCCAUGAUUUUGAUAUGAAAUCUGGUAGGAUUGCAUUUCUUUCCCACAUUUCUAGAGGUAUAUUCUGUGCUAUUUCAUUUGUGUUUUUAAUUGAGAUGAAUGUGGCUUAAGGUUUUACCUGCACAGUUUACAAGGAGAAAUAGCUAUAUGUUAGCAUUAUAUAUGCUUGUUAGCAAAUUGUUACUGUUUCUAAAAUGAACCUAAAACAUUAAGUACUACUUUGCAAUUGAUGUAUAAGCCAAUCAUUGUGAAUGCUAUAUUUCAGCAAUGUAAACAUAUACGCUUUUAUGCAUGUUUAUAUUUUUCUAUGUCUAUGUAAUGUGUAUGCAGCAGUGACUAGUACCUCCAUGAAAAUGGAGUGCUACAAAUCUCCCCUCUAGCCAUUCCCUAUUCUAUCUUCCCUUGGUUUUACCCAUCCAAAACUUCUGGUUGAACACCACCGUCACCACCUUGGAAGCCCUUUCUAUCAGCCAUGAAACUGUCAUGAAACUGUAUCCCUAUAUUCAAAAGCAACUGCCUUCUGUCCCUAGAAUACAAGCUAGAAAACAACAGGGGAAAACAACAGGGGGAAUGCAGCCCAUCAUCCCCGUCAUCUCAAAUGCAUUUGGCUGGCCAUUUUCAGAAACCAACUACUGGCAAUGGGAAGACAAGCCCUGACAGUACAGGAUAAAAUGGACAUGGCAUUAUAUACAGAAUCAUUAAUUGUAUUUUCUAAUAACUAGCAACCAUAGGGGCUGCCAGUCUAGAUUGAGACCAUGGUAAAGAGGGCAGAAAUUUUAAUCCAUUCCCCACCAUGUUCCUAAUCUAGAUUAUGGGGUAGAAGAAGAGGUCAGCUAUUUUCUUUUUAAAAAAAUAAGCAAUAAUUAACUGCAUGAAUACAUGUAUUUUGGUUUGGGUGGAUCUAAGAAUCUGAGGAAUGGAACACCAUCUGUCCCACACCCCUUGAUGUUUGCCCAGUACUAUAUUAGAUAAAUAUUGAAGCAAGUUAAAAGUCCAACUUGCUUCAACAAAGUGUGAUAAUAUGUUAAUGAGGAAAAAACUACUCAGAACUAAUUAUAUUUGUAUGAAUGAAAAAAGGCAGUCAGUGGAUUUUGCUGGAAACUGGACAGUUUUUAUUACAUUUUCUAGUGAUAAUCAAUUGUAUAUAUUGAUGCAUGAUACAU